AUGCAAGAUUCGUCUCUCACAUUAACCAUACGUGUUCAUUUAUUCACCAAUGCUUUCACGUGCAUUAUCAUCUCCAACUUCCGAACCCCAACAACAUGCAAAUACUCCAUCUGGGACAAGGACCUCGAGUCUCGAGGCUUCGUCCUACGCCGCACCAUCUCCAACCUCAACCUCAACCUCAACCUCGACCACCUCCACUCUGUCUUCGUAGCCGUCGGAUUCCCCAGGCGUGAUCCAGAGAAGGCUAAGCCGGCACUGGAACAUACCCAAUCCAUGCUGUGGGUCGAACACAAGAAGAGCCAGAAACCGGUGGCCUUCGCUAGAGCUACGGGAGACGGCGUCUUCAAUGCUAUAAUAUGGGACGUGGUGGAACGGUUGAUCGAGGAACUGUUGGAGAAAGGUAUUGGUAAUUUUGCUUUGUACUCGGAGCCGAAGGUGUUGGGGUUUUAUAGGCCUCUUGGGUUCGUUGCUGAUUCUGAUGGAAUUAGAGGCAUGGUGUACUCUAGAAAGCAAAACCAGAAGAAACAAACUGUUGGUUCUUCUUCUGAUUCAAUGUUUGCAAUUUUAUUUACAGAAUCAUGUUCAACUUCAAUACAUUGCAGACUUUUGUAG